AUGCAGAAAUUCCAGGAUGAUCUUGAGUUGGAAGCCCGUGGCUAUCGUCGUGAAAUGCCUAGGCAAUUUUCCGUGUUUAGCUUGGUCGCCCUCUCAUUCAGUUUGACUUGUACUUGGUCUGGCACUGGAUCGUCACUCGGUAUUUCUAUCAAAGAGGCUUCCGCCGCUGGUACUCUAUGGUCAAUUCUAGUGGCAGCCGUGAUGACUGGUAUCUUGUCGGCUGGGGUUGCGGAGCUGGCAUCAGCAUUUCCAGUAGCCGGAGCGCAGUAUUACUGGGCCUUCUGUGUGUCCUCGAAAGAGUAUCGAGCAUUCGCCUCCUAUAUGAAUGGGUGGUUGAGCAUCCUCGGUUGGUGGCUGGCAAGUGCUUCUGCUUGCAAUUUUAUUGCAUCUCUUAUCCUCUCUAUUGCCUAUUUGUGGUAUCCAGACUACGAAAGCCAAAGUUGGCACCAAUGGUUGAUAUACGUUGGUGUUACAUGGUUGGGGGUGGCCUUGAACACCUUUGGGUCGCAAUUGCUUCCGACUUUCAAUCGAUGUAUCUGUAAGCAAUCUUUUCAAAGAAAGCCUAUUCUCAAUUGUAGCAUUCAUUCUAACAUGCUCUUUAUGAUCCCAGUCUUUCUUGCGUGCACUACUCUGUCCGCCACAACUAUUACUUUGUUUGUCUGCAGUCGCAAUAACCACGCACCGGCAAAUUGGACAUUCAGUGAUACAACAAAUGGCACUGGAUGGAAAAGCGAUGGGCUUGCCUUCAUAUUGAGUGUCAGCAAUGCUGUAUAUGCAUUCCUCGGUACGGACUGCGGAGCACAUAUGUGCGAAGAGAUUCGAAAUCCUGCAAAGAACGCUCCAAAAGUUAUUUUAUUUCCUGUUUUGAUUGGACUGGUCACUGCCUGGCCAUUUGCCUGCAGUUGUAUGAAUGCCAUUGUGGAUGUCGAUGCGGUCCUCAACACACCUUCCGGCGUCCCUCUAAUCGAGAUCUACUACCAGAGUACACAAUCCAAAGAAGCUUCAACUGUGCUUCUCGCAUUGUUUGCUUUCUGCUUUUUCGGAUGCACUGUGGCCAAUGGAACGACGUGCUCGAGAACAAUUUGGGCGGUCUCCCGUGAUAAUCUGAUGCCUUUUAGUAAUAUUUGGUCAAAGGUCCACUCUGGCUUCCAAAUUCCACUAAAUGCACUUUGUCUAUCUGGUAGUGUUGUUUCACUGUAUGGACUGAUCUUUCUGGGCUCGACCAAUGCAUUUUCUGCCAUGGUGGGAGCUGCAGUAAUCUUUCUCCAAACAUCAUGCGCUCUGCCCCAGUUAAUUGUCUUAUGGCGUGGUCGAGACGCAACCCUCCCAGAACGCCCGUUUUCUUUGGGUCGAUUUGGCGUUGCUGUCAAUUUUAUCGCCGUUGUAUGGGUCACAUUUCUUGACAUCCUUUUCUUUCUCCCUACGGAACUUCCGGUCACGAAGGGAAACAUGAACUAUAUCUCUGUUGUUUCGAUGGGAUUAACUAGCAUUGUGCUUGCCCUCUACUGGUUUUCAAAAAGAGGCAAGUACUUAGGGCCACAGAUGCCCCAAGAAGUUCAGGUUAACGAGGGACGGGAUGUUGAGGAUGAGAACGAGCUGAGCCAUUCUAUGAAGAAGCAGUGA